CCGAAGUAACUUUAGGAAAAUAAAAAAAUGGACGUCACCCUGUUAGCUUUUCUGGCAGUUUCAAUUUUAAUUUUGAUUGUAAUCUGUACGGUGUUCUUAGGACGAAGAUCCGCUUCAAAGAAGGGAUCGGCCAAUAUACAAGAGAGGGUUCCUCAAGGAAGACCACCAAUAAGGAGAGCAGCAGGUCAAAGGAAUGCCAGACGUCGUAUGCAAGCAACUGUUACACACCAAGUGGAUGAAGAUGAGGACGUAUCAGGAAAUGAAGGCAAUGAUGAGGCUGAUGAGAAGCCGGACUUGUCCGAUCAAAAGAUGGGGACCAAAAAGCGAGCAAAAUUGGCAGCUAAAGCUGAGAAGAAAAUGCAGAGGGAAGUAGCUGAAAGGGACAGGGAGGAACGCAAAAGAAAAGAACAGUUGCUCCAAGAGCAAAGGGAUAAGCAAUAUGAGAAGGAACGUGAAGAUGAAUUGAAGCAGGAAGAGGCAGAAAGAAAAGCCAUGGAGGAGAAAGAAAAGAGAGAAUAUGAAGAAUACCUGAAGAUGAAAGAAGCAUUCAGCAUAGAGGAAGAAGGCUAUGAUGAAAAUGAUAAAGAAGACGAAGAAAAUCUAUUGGAAUCGUUUGUACAGUAUAUUAAAGAUAAUAAAGUAAUAGUCCUGGAAGAUUUAGCCACAGUGUUCAGCCUGAAGGCGGCAAGCGUGGUCGAAAGGAUUCAGGAGUUACAAGUGAACGGAAACAUAACAGGAGUAAUCGACGACAGAGGGAAAUUCAUUUAUAUCUCUCCAGAAGAGUUCGAAGCUGUAGCAAAGUUUGUGAAGCAGCGCGGUAGAGUCAGCAUCGUUGAAUUAGCGGAGAAUUCGAAUCGUUUGAUAAAUCUAAACGCCGGGAAGAAAAUCAGCGUGGUGGAGGCUAGAUAGAUAUUCCCACCUGAAUAUGCAAAUGUGUAUACUGUAAUGUAUUUCUACACUUGCAGAAAUGUGAUACACAUGUCCAUCCAAUAUGAAGAGCAUUA